CCCCAAAUUUUGCAGGUCUGUAUUACCCUACGCUUCUUGGCAUCUGGGGCAUUCUACAAUGUCAUUGGAGAAGCGAUGGGUGUACAAAAAGCGACAGUUUGCAGAGUGUUGGACGCAGUGCUAGACUGCCUUGUAAAUGUUGCUAGCGAAUGGAUCGCAUUGCCAACAUCACGAGACCAAUUGGCAGAGAUCAAGGUUGGAUUUUACCAAAAGCGACAGUUUCCGGGUGUCAUCGGGUGUGUGGAUGGAACGCAUGUUGCAAUUCGAACGCCUCCACGAAAUGAAGAUGUAUUUGUAUGCAGAAAAGGGUUCCACAGUAUCAAUGUCAUGCUGAUCAACGACCACAAGAACAGGAUUACAGCAGUAUCGGCUCGAUUCCCUGGUUCUGCGCAUGACAUGGCAGUCUUCGACUGUUCUAAUAUCCAACAGAGGAUGGAGAACGGAGACCUGCAAAAUAAGGGGUUACUUCUGGCAGACAGUGGGUAUGCCUUGAGGCCAUACCUCAUGACCCCUGUCUUGCGACCUCACAACGACCAAGAGGUCAGAUACAAUGCUGCUCACAAGGGGACAAGGGUAAGCAUUGAACAGGUCAAUGGCAUCUUGAAGAGCCGAUUCAGAUGCCUUGAUAUGUAUCCUCUCAGGAGGCCUCUUCAUUGAAGCAGGCAAGGCAUGCAAGGCGAUUGUUGCAUGUUGUGUUUUGCACAACAUGUGCAUAACGUUUCACGACGUGAUGGUAGAAAUGCUACCAAAUGACGUACAUAACGAUGACGUAGAACGCUGUCCGGAAUUAGACGUAAACGGAAGGAUAGUUAGAGAUAAUCUGAUUCGAAAUGCGUUUUAAUGUCAUUUACAGUGACCCAAUUUAAAGUGACAUACAUAUUUACGUUCACUCACCUGUAGUUGCCACUCACCUGUUAUUCUUCAUGUGUGUUAUUCAUAUGUCUGACUAUAAAUACAAAAAUAAUGUAGAUUAAAAUU